UUAAGCUCAAUCUUUUCUUUCAUGCUAGCAAACAAUCGUUACAGGCUGGAUAUUGUUGGCUCUUUUAAAAAAAUGGAAACUUCUUCCUUCAAUUGAAAGAGCUCCGCUAGAGAGACAUAGCCCGAAAUGAGGACUUGCCUUGCUUGGCUUAUUUAACGGCUCGAGUAAAAACUGCCCACCAGAAGAAGAAAAAAAAAACCCCGUUUAUGCUCUCUAACAGAAAGAUGAAGCAAGAGAGAAAACAUGUGGAACUCCAAGCAGAAAUUAGGAAAAUUGGUCACCGAGGCACUGACUCAGACUGUGAGAAGUGGCCUGCAGACAUUUUGAAAUGCACCAUCUGGAAUUCGAGAGCAGAGCUCUGGGCUGACGGUUUCUGUUUUUAUAGAUGUGAGCUUGCAACACCCAUGUCCUUCCAGCCUCCUCUCCCUUUGGUGGUCCCGGCCUUUGGGAAUCUUUGAGGAUGACGUCCCUUGGUUCCUUCCAGCAGGAGGAGAGUUAAGGCAAAGGAGGGGGGCGAGGAGGAGGGAAUCCCUAUUUGGAACUUGAGACUUUCCAGCUGAGAGGGGGAUGGAGACGUCAUGCUCAUCACCGGCUGCUCUCAGCUCCCAUGUCAAAGGAAGUCCAGGCAAGGAGCUUCAAGAGCUACAGCGCCACUGAGAAUAGAGAUAUGUAAUGCCAUCACUUCCGACUCUGGGUAUUCCAGCACAGACGUAAACUCCAAAGCUGAAGUUCCCUUGCUACAUGUUCAUUCUUUUAAAACCAAGAAAUUCAUAUUUCAUGGGAAGUGAAGCCGGGACCCAGCAGUAGCUGAGCGACGGAAGUUUUUCAAGGUCUCAUGCGGAAUUGUGAAAUGAACUCCUGUCGCCCUCCACGCAGAUGUCCGGUCCAGUAGCCAGGAUGGAACGAGCAGCUCCCCUAGAGGCCAAACUGCCUCAUAGCUGGCUGAGAACAGAAGGUGAUGCAUACGAAGAAGCGCUUUCAUACUGAGAAGCUGAGGAGACCGGCUUCUUUUUAGGCCUGUUCCUUGGGACAAUGAUGGGAGAGACCCAGCGUGUUUAUGUCACCAAUGAUAUCGAGUCCAGCGCCCCAGACAAAGAGGUCAGCUUUGAGCAGUUUGGCAAGAAAGAUGCGAGUGACGUGUUCGACAGCGGAUUGCUGGAUGGCUCGGAGUCAUGCUUACGCAAUGGGGCUGAACAUGGAUCCAGUUUCAUCAGCACCAAGGACAAGGAGCCUCAUAACCAGAGGGAAGCUGUGAUCCGGCCCCAGCAAGCAGGCAAAAUCGACUUCAAGUCCCUACACAGCAGGUCCAACUUUCCCAUUGACAGCUCUUGGGGGACCGUCAAAGGAAGCCCCCAGUCUCCCACUGGAAAGAGCCGAGCGAGGGAUAAGAACAAGCGCUCGGGGAAAGGGGAGCGUGGCCACCAGCAGCUCUACCGGCUCACAAUUAGCAAUGCCAGAUCCAACCCCACCAUCGGCAUCGCUUACCCUCAACAGAAGGUCACCCCGCCCAAGAAGGUAGAACCCGGACGAGGACCUAUCUCUGGAAGCUACCGGUUCCAUGUCCCCCGAAUCCCCGAGAGGGAGGUGGAACUCCAACAGGAAGAUCUCAGCUUUGCCCGCUGCUUCCCAGAGACCCCCUCAAGCCAUGUUUCCAGCAACUAUACCUCACCGACAGCAGCUGCACGCCCGAACCAUGGUGCAAAGAUGCAACCUUCAGUUGGCAUUCCUCACGAAAGUCCUGGCAGCAGUGGGCAGUUGCAUUAUCUGGAAUUCCCAGGAAAUGGGAAUAACUCGUGGCAUUCACCAGACAAAAGCCUUCCGGGUACUAACAAUGGACUCUCUGCCCCAAAGACCUGCCCCUUCCCUGAGAACAACAAAUCAAAUGCACACUGCUUGGGGCCUCCGACAUUCCAGUACCCUUUCCAGGCUUUGCACAGCCCAGCCACGGACUCCUUCCAGGGUGACGCCAACGCUCAAGACUACGUAGAUGUUUCAUUGGCCACAAGUCAGGCCUCUCAUGGUGCUUUGGCCUUCCAUACUUCCUCCAGGGACUGGAAAGAGGAAGCCCUCGGCAAUGGCCCCUAUGAGAACGUGGCUCUGGAGAGCAGGAUCUACGGGUUGGCUUCUCCGCUGACUCAGUUCCUCCAGUCGCCGACUCAAGGGCAUUUGCCUUGCUACAAAGGAAGGAAUGAACAUUCCACUGACCACAAUGGUGCUAUCUCUCCUUCAGGUGCUAUUGACCAAAACCCAAGCACUUUGCAAGAAAACCAAGCCGUUUUCCUACCCAGUUUACAUGUUUCUAGUAUGCCAAAGUCAAUCGGUAAGAGGCAGCCCUCCCUGAAAGAUAGUGUAGCUAGUCAAAGGAUACUGGACGCAGGUAGCUUGCUAAGAAGGAACAUGCCACAAAUCUCUCUCCCCCAAGUGCACUUUCAGAACAAGACUUACGGUGACCCCCCAGCUAAUGGCUUGAGCAGCCCAGGUUUAGCGCCUUUUGAGAAGAACCUUUCCACUACAGCUCAGACCCAUCCCCGGCUCUUGCAAGCCUGGGAGGCAGGCAAGAGACCUUAUUCUCCCCUGGAGCAAAACACGACACCUUAUGCAAGUCCUGUCGCAAACCAGUUGUCCUUCGGGAGCCAUUCAGGACCAGACCAGAGACAGCACAUCAAGAAGACUUGGCACCAUCUCCAACUUCCUUCCACCAUGCCUGGCCAGAACCGGAUCGAGCUCUCAAGGAAACUCGCCAAUCAGAAACUCCCUUUCCCGUCAGAGUGGGAGGGGAACAGCAAGGCACACAAGGGUGCCCCUGGCUAUUCCAGUAAAGUGCUGCUGACUGGGGAGGGGGCCAUCAUACAGAGGCAUGAUCCGGUCCCACAGAACUGCAGUUCGACAAACACCUUCUGCUUUGAUGGACCCAAAGACGCCGACCUCCCUGCUGUGUGUGGCUCAAGGAGCAAGUCCCUCUUUUUCAACAUGAGCCCAGGGGUCCCCCCACCAACUUCGCGGGUCCCCUCUGGCUCAGCUUUGGUGCUGCCCCCGUUGGCCUUGGCUGCAUCCCCGAGCGACUCCCCUCUCCCGUCACCUGCCCCCAACCCCAACAGCGGCAGCACCUGCUCAUCCCUCUCUCCACUGUCCAGCAGCCCCAGUAGCCAUGGCUUUGAAGACGGCACGCCGCUGACCACGCACCCCUACUUUCACCAUCCUUGCCACACAAAGGAUGGCAAUAAGCCCAUCAACGUUUCAGAGCCGCUGUGCACCGGCGCACUGCACUAUCGUGAAGCAGACCCUAUCAAGGCCUUUCGCCUCUCGCAAGAGGCCUCAAAAGACGAACUGCUUUACAAAGGCCUCCCCACAGAAGAGCACUUCCUCAAGCCAAAUAUGGACGUCUCCAAAGGGUGCCUGGAGGGCUUUGAGGCUGAGGUGCCAUCUCCACCUUAUUCCUCGCAUCACUUUCUGGCCAGCUCACUCAGCAGCGCCAGCCUUGACCAGCUGGACGUGUUCCUGACCUGCAAGCAGUGUGACCAGAACUUCAGCAACCUCUCCUCCUUCUUGGAGCACCGCCAGUUCUGCAACUCGCACGUGGCUCCACAGGGUCAGACGAAGGACAGUUCCCGGGGGUCAGAAAUCAGGAAGCAGCAAAACGUGCCUUCUGAUUCCGGAAAACACAUGCUGGGACCACUGCUGCUACCUGAUCCUCAUUUGCAAUUGCUUGCUUUGAACAAGACUGUUGAUUUCCUGGCAGAUGGAGAGGGCAAAGGAGAGCCCAAAGAAGAUCCGCUCAAGGUGAACCAGCUUGGCAGCCUAGCGACGAACCCUUUGCCACUUACUACCUCUGACCUGGAAAUCGAUGAUGCCAAGCUAGACAGCUUGAUCACCGAAGCUCUGAACGGACUGGGGUACCAAUCAGAUAACCCAGAAAUCGACAGCAGCUUCAUAGAUGUGUUUGCGGAUGAAGAACUGGCAACCAUAAAGGUCACCAGUGGUGGGGCACCUUACAAGGGGAAGAAAACGAAGCAUGUGGUGAUGGAUGAGAAUGUGAAAAUGGGAAAUUGUUACGAUGAUCAUCCCUGUGGAGACCUGGCCAAAAGCAGAGCAGCCGGGAAGCAACAGGGAGCUAAAGAGAGGCUGGCAACCUGGUGUCCAGACCAUGGAGGAGAGCAGUCUGAAAAACAGAGCAGCACAGAGUUGGUUCGAGGCAAGGCUGUGGAUCCGGCAAUGUAUGAUGGGGGGCAAACGGACACAAACGCCCCACUGAAGAUAAGAAGGAAAGGUUGCUGUGGGUCAUUUCUGCCUGUGAAGCAGGCAACCAAAACUUUUCCAGAACUGAAGCAACCGAAGAAUGUAAAGUGCCCUUCUACUCCGAUGAGCAGCCCACAGCCGGUUGGUGAGCCUGUUGUCGCUGCUGGGAACACCAAGCUCUCCGCGAAAGAGGCAAAGAAGAGGAAGCUGCGGAGUGGAACAUGGAGCAAGGAGCUCAUUCAAAAAAUUGUCCAGCAGAAAAAUAAACUCCACAAACUGCACAACAAGAGUACCAAAGCUGUCCCGCUGUCCUUGCUUGCCGACCGACUGCUGCCCGAAACGAAGGACAGUAAAUUCGGAGAAUACGAAUACAUUUCUGAAUCGGAUGACGAGAGGGUGGAAUAUGCCAAGCGGCACUGCAGGCGGAAGCUGGGCUCAAGGUUCAACGGCAGGCUGAGAAGCGGCUUCAGCAGGAGACGCCAAGGGAGAGGGGGAAGGGAGAAGGAAAGAGAGCUGGCUUGGAGCUACAGGCAAUGGAAAGACAGAGAGGAGCCCAAGAGGGCCUCGGGCAAGGAGGCUGGAAGGAAGGAGAGUGGCGUGGGCAGGUUGCGAAACAGCCGGUCUUCCGUAAGCAGCUGCCAAAGCACAACAUUCUCCAGUGAAACCAGCAGCAGCAACAACAGCCCCCAAAGCACCGAACAGGUUGAUUCAGACACUGAGAAAGAAGGCGAGGAGAGAAAGAGGCCUCUGCAGAAUCCAAAGCGUGCAGGACCGCUUUCAAGAGAACUUCUGAAUGUUCCUGAGAAAGAAACACUGGGAGGAAGCCAUACUCUCACCUCUGACUUGUCCGGGGAGCCCGACAGCAUCGACUCAGCCAAAAUCCCACCUCCGAUGUUUAACGUGCUUCGAAACCACAGUCCCAACAUUUCUCCCAUCCGUUAUACAGAUGAAGGUGAAGGAUUGCUGCUUACUAAAGAGAACCUGCAUCCCAGCAAAGCUACGCUUGGCAAGAGCCCAGGUGUGCUUUUUGGUUCUGAAGAGUCAGAGCAGUGUGCCAGCCAUAGUGAAGAUAAGCCAAGGGCUACAGACAAAGCCCUAGAGCCGUGUGUGCUAGGAACAGAUCAUUGCUGGCACCAGUUUACUGCCUAUAAUGGGCAAUACCAUGUGGAAGAACUCAUCGGUCCUUCCUCCAUUGACAACAACAGACUCCCCCUUGAUGAGAAUACUGUCUAUGACAAGGCAGACGCUAAGUCUUUAGAGAAGCAAAAAGAAUUCAUUGCCCCUAUUAGCUGUUUUAGUGACAAUCCUGUUGGCUUGGAGGUAACCGAGAAAGGACCAAAUGUGCUAGUCAACACUGCUGACUCGUUUUAUGACUGCAAAGAAUUAUCCAGUGGCUAUGAGUCACCAGGUUUCUUCUCUGGCUCUCCAUCCAUAGAGUCGUCCCACGGUGACAAUGUGUACUUGCGCCAGGGAGAUAUCAACGUCAGCUCGUUCAGACAGAAACACCCUGUGAUCUCCUCGUACGAGGCCGAUCAAGGCAAGGUCUCAUCACCCCUUAGCUUUGAUUCUUCCUCUGUCUUUGGAGAGAUCCCCGUAGCUGACUUUGAUGCUACUUUAUAUGACAGUGUUUCUUCAAGCAAGGACAACUAUGCCACCUUUCCGUGUGCCAGUCAUCCGCUCGGCAAGAUGACCCCUUUCGACCAGCAGUACUCUUCAUUCCUGCAAGAAAAGGAGUGGAACCAACUAGUGGAAGUGUCGCCAGUGUUACCAGAAGACCUUGCCCCGUUUCAAGGCCUUUCUGUUGAAAAGCCGUUAGCAAAGAGGUUCCCUGGUGAGAUUACCCAAAUGCCAAUGACUUUGCCAGAAAGGAUUCCCGAUUACAAUGAACCUUUUAUAAACAGCAUCUCAGAUGAUGACCUGGAGAUCAAAAGGUUAGUCACUGAGCUGGAAAGCCAGCUACAGACUAGCAAACUUAACGUGGAGUUGUCAGAUGAACACCAAAUGCCCAAAGACCGCACUGAUACGGAACGGAAGGAGUUUGUCAGCCAGUUUUCACCGUUAACCCCAGAGCAACGUUGUGAUGGAAAGGGGUUAUUCUUAGUGGAGGGUGAAUUUGAUAAUACGGGUCUUCCUUCCACAAAAGCCUGCCUCCCUGAAAAUCCAGCAAAUGAGAAAACUCUGCUUCCAGAUUUAGACACCAAGUAUGGAAACCACAGGAAUCUUUGGCCAUGUUCAGUCCAGUUCAGCCCUCUGCAGUCUACCAUGAAUGCACCAUCGGCCACUGAUCUGAUCUUGAUUGACCCUUUCAGCUCCAAAGAGUCCCAUGAGAGACUUCACAAAGAUCUGAAAGAUGCUGAAAUCUCUGGGGGAGAUGGUUUCAGGGAAACGAGGGGUGCGUCUACCGGAAUGAUACGUAUCCCUGACAACAUAGAGGUUCCCUGCUACACAGACCAUUUGAUACAAAGCCCUGAUCAUUUGUUUCCAAAGUCCCUGCAGGCAGCUGGGCUAAAUAUUCAUGAGGCUUUGCUACUGGAAGCAGAUGGUUUUCCAGAAAUGCCGCAGAAAGAGAAAACGUUUGACGGCGCUGCAGAGCUGGAAUCGUACGGCCACCAGGUCACGUGUUUGAAACCAGAAUUUGAGCUACAAGAUGUCAGAGAUGAAGAGGAUGAUGGUAGUUUCCCUUCUAGCACCCAGAAUGUCAAAGACCCAGAAGAAAGACCCUUGAGUCAGAGUGAGGCACCUGAAAUACUGGGACCUCAAACACCCAUGCAGAGGGACAAAGAUGGAUCUGUGCUGCUGGAAGAGGCCAAGGAAACUGAAGGGGCAGCAACUGGCCAGAGUCCAGCACCGUGCGAUAAAGCUGGCAAUGGCAAAGCCUCACUCUUUGAUUCGUUGCCCUUUUCCAAGGAGGAGGAAGAAGAUGCAAAAUAUGCCUCAGCCCCGCAAGGGAAGUCAGCUAAUCCACUGCAGCAACUGCAGCUGUUCGUUGCCAGAACAGUCAAGAACAAGGAGGAAGAUCUGCUGAUCCCUUGUUUCCCCCUCCUGCAUCCUGCUCCUUUCCUGCCCCCAAGUACCAAUGUGCAGCCUGAGCAUCAAAAUGGAGUUGCAGACAGUGGGGCAAAUGCAGAUGUGGCCGAGUGCCCCACACUGGGAGAAAGGAAGGGGAUUGUGGAGGACGAACUGGGGACCAAGGCACCCAGUUCAUCGGAACUGUGUUUGGAAACAAUCAACCAAGCAGGGUGUUCGGGAGAAAAAGUCUCUCCUGCAGCAGAGCAGUUGGUCCUUUCGUGCCCCGAACAACUCAGCAUCCCAGAGCAGCGCUUGAAAGAUGAAUGUUCAGCAGAGGCUGACAUUAAUAGGUGCGCAGAUGGCCUUUCACCAGACCACAGUAACCUCUCUCUGCUCGGCAACUCAAUAAUAACCUCAUUGCUAAGGGAGGAGGGCGCUCAGGUUACAGGAGAGCAGAAAAAAGCAACCUUGGCAUUUAGGAUCCGCAGAAAAUCCCCUUUAAGUCCUGGAUCAUUUGAGCAAGAUACACCAGGCCAGACAUUAGCAGCGGGGCUCAAAAUCCAAAUCACACACUGUGCUACUUGGGACGAAGCCAGACAAAAGGAACUAGCUGGGAAAGUCCAGCUGGCCAAACUGAGCAGGGAUCAGUCACAAGACGAUGACACUUCUGCAGCCCCUACCAGCCCUCCUGAAAAUGGACCCAAAGCGGGCUUCGGUUCAGGAAUCAGCCCAAGCUUUACAGAAGGCCUGGGAAAGCAAACAAGUCACUGCGUGGAAGUCUCCCAGGACAGUUUUCCAGGGGAAUCAGGCUUUGCUGAUCAGAAGUGCAUGCAGGAAAAGAACACAAUCUGUGCGGCAAUUCCCAACUUCAUAGAGGCAGCAUCUCAAGAACUCAAGAACUCCACAGUACCUGAGGGCCAGCCACUUUGCACAUGCAAGCACUCCUCUGGGGAAGAGAAGGGGGCCAUUAGGAGUCCUUCAGAACACAGGGCGUGGAAAGAAGCAUUCCCCUUGACCCCCACUUCGCAGUGCUGCGAUGCUGGAUCUCCACCGCUCUUGGAUGUGAGGGGCAACCUACGGCAACACCUCGCAGAAGGUGCAGCUGGUGCUUUGACGCCGCCUCCGAAGGAAGUCGCUCCCCAGCCUGUCUCUCCUCUGUGCUUGGGCAACCCAGUGGUUCCUCUCCCAGAAAAGGAAAGACCCUUGACAUUGCAAACCAACAGCAGCCAAUCCCCUGGUGUGUCGUCUUUUAUGCAUAAGGAGCUCUCGGAAGGGCUACUCGAAAGGCCGUGUUGUGAAGAUAGCAACACACUCUCAGUCAGGGAUGGGAUUGCCAGUUCUCCCCCAGUUUCCCUCCAGGGUAACGUCCUUGGUCCUUCUCCAUCAGAGAUUUCUUCUACUCAAUGCAGAGAUGAAAGUGCAGAGCAAACGCUCCAGGAAGCAAAAGAGGCUGGAGGCUGCUCUCCGGAAGUCGGUAAAGAUGAAUCCCAGCAAGAGGUCUUCAGCAAAGUCGUAAAUAUCCGAGACAUUCCAGCAGCUGACCUUACAGAAACAGACAAAGCUGUGGCGGUCCGCCUAAGUGCUAGCCAUUGUCCAGAGACUGGGUGUAGCUACCCUUCUCAAAACACGGACAGAAGACCGAAUGAUAUGAAGAAGGAAAGCCAUGAAUGGAAUGAGCAGGUGGAAGAUUCUCCUAGUUCCAGGGAGCAAGAAGAGAGCAAACGAGGAAAUCCCAAAGAUGAUUCCAAAACAGGUCCACUGGAAGAGAAAAGACUGCAAGUGUCCUGCGAUAUUUGUUCUGUUUCUUUUCGAACCAAAGUGGGGUUGAUGAGGCACAGGGCUGUGAAGCAUCAGGAGAACAAGGACAGAGCUCCAUUGGCAGGGACUUCUUCAGGCCCAAGCCAGCCAGCCUCCAAGAGAAAUACAAAGGCUUUGGUCAGAGAAAGGGGGUGCAACUCACGUCUCCCAAAAACAACUUCUGGCCAAGCGGUUCCCAGAUCCUACAGAAGACGGAGGAAGGAGCCCCGAGAGGAGAUCCAGGAAGUUGUUAGCAGGGUGCUGAGUAACCUAAGCGUCAUUUCGUUUGACAUAACCCAUGAACUGCAAGGCACAGGCCAUCCGAGUAAAGAAAUGAAAACGACACCAGCCCAAAUGGAUGAGUCAACGCCUAAUUCUAGAAAAGAUUCAAAAACAGGAGGAAUAGAGGGAGAGGCCAAGCCUGUUGGCUCAGGCAUUUCGGCAGAGAAGAAACUGAGGAGGAAAGGGAAAAGGGGGAAAGGGAAAGGAGUUGCCGACCCAAACAACCUCACGGUGUCUUCUAAUGUGGAGAAUGAGGUCCUCAACACCAUCAACCUCACUGUGACUAGGAUCUCGAAGGAACUGGGAAAUAACUGCACAUCCCCCUCCACCUGGGCCUCUUUGCCCCCUCAGUCUCUGAGAAUCAAUGAACCUGAAGGAGGUGAAAGAAUGUCCUCAGCCAAAGAAACUGCUGGAGAACAGACAGCUCAGGAUGUAGGGAGUGUCAGAGGAGAAGGGAAUGAAGAUCCAGAAUUAAAAGAUAAGCUUUGUCCACAAGACAGUUGGCCAACUGGAUCCCCAAAGCGAGGUGAGGAACUGUUGAGUGACCUUUGCGAAAACCAGCGUGAUGGCAUAAAUGUGAAGGAACAUGAGGGAAAGGACAGUCUUUUGGAAGAGGCAGAUUGCCCAAAUCACAACAGCCUGUUGGUGCCUCCGCUCAGCCCCAAGAGUCAACAGCAGCCUUUGGAUUCUGUACCAGACAAAACAAGUUCCUUAGAAGAUACCUCGGAAAAAGCAACUGAAGUUUCCCCUUGUUCCAUGGACUCCAAGCCCUGGAGGACGGGAGAGCUUCCAAAGAGCCAAGAGUUCUGUAAUGAUGGCCGAGACCUGCAGAGCUUGUUUGAUGACGACACCACAUUUUCACAGCUCUUCCCCAGGAACGAUCAGUUCACCCGGAGGAAGUGCACUCGUGUGUACGGAAAACGGACCAAAAAUCUGAAACCCAUUUCAGAGGCAAACUCCAGGCCAGAAGUUACAAGGGACCUCUUCACUGUCCGGAUGGCUUCAGAUCUUGGGGAAACCAGCUCGUUUUGUGUGACUAGAGACGAUCCUUGUGACUAUGAAACCAUCUCCAUCGAUGAUGCGUUGCUGCUUGACAUGUGCCACAGUAGCAAAACAAUGCCGAGCGACCCCAGUUCCAGUUCUAGCAAAAACACUGCUCUUCAACCAGAUGCCAGACUAAGCGAAGAAGCUACUGAUUUGAAGAAGGAUGACACAUUAAGCUUCCUGUGUCAAACGAGUCCAACAGAAACUCUUCCAACCUUGAGCGACUGGGGUGGUGUAGGAAAAGAGGCAGACGUAGCCUCUGCUGAUGGACCAGCGCUCAGUUCAUCCACAGAGCUUUCCAGUGGCCAUUCUGGGAUGGAAGCCAGUCCAGAACCUCCAGAUCUGGAAGAAGAACUCUACGAUGCUCGAAGGAAUGAAAACCCUACCUUGCCUGAAUUCCGUACGAUUGAUUUGGAGAUGUUGAACACAAAAUUUGAGAUGAGGGAUAUGUCCUCCUACUGUGCUGAAGAGGAUGAUCUCCAUCCUACAAAUGAAUGCACCUUAGAUUUGAACCCGACGCCCACCAGCCAAGGCCGGCCGAUCAAAAAUAAGCUAGAAGAAGGGAAGCAGGGACUGAAACCCCGCAGCGACUUAAACCUCAAAACGAAAGAAAAGCAGUACAAAUGCAAAGUUUGCUUCCAGUGGUUCCUGACCUUAGGGGAGCUGGACUUUCACAAACUGACCCAUAACCCUUCCCCGCCGCCCACCUGCUACAUGUGCGUCCAGAGGAAAUUCAGCUCACGGGAGCAGCUGAGGGACCACUUGAAGGAGAAGCAUGCCAAGAACAAAGCUGGCCUCUGGGCUUGCGGGAUGUGCCUCAAGGAGAUCUCGGAUGUCUGGAUGUACAACGAGCACUUAAGGGAGCAUGCGACUCAGUUCGCGCGGAAAGGCCAGGCUCAGAAGUCUGUCUUGGGGAUAUCUGGCUGCUUCAAUGAUGAGGACGCAGCUGUCACUCACUUCCUGAACUCCAUCCUGUGCCGAAAGCCCAGCAAGUCCUCCAAGAACACAGAGCCCAGUGGCAAGACCCUUGUUGGCAAAGAGAGCAAAACCCCUAAAGAACCUCUGGGGCAAGAGGGGAAGGUCGGCAAGGAUCCCUCAGAAAGGCCGGUCAGAACCAAGCCACCGGCUUCCUCCCCCAAAGCACCGGCAGUUUCCUCUCCAGACCCUGCCCCGAAAGUCGAAGGGCCUCCCAAGAUGGUGCCCAUGCACCCCGAAUGCAAAGAUCCAUCUCGAGAUUGCCACCACUGCGGGAAGCAGUUCCCCAAGCCUUUCAAGCUCCAGCGCCAUCUGGUGGUGCACAGCUUGCAGAAAAUCUACCUGUGCCACAAAUGUCCCAUGUUCUAUCAGGAGACCAAAGAGCUCCGGAGCCAUCUCUGUCAAGAGCACGGGACGGCCGAGGAGAUGGACAUUAAGCAUACCACGCUGUACGCCUGCGAGCUGUGCGCAGAUGUCAUGCACGUGAUCAAGAAGUCCUUUAUCUGCAGCACCUGCAACUACACCUUUUCCAAGAAGGAGCAGUACGACAGGCACAUGGAAAAACACCUGGCGGGCAACAGCAAGACCUUCCGCUUCCGAGGGGUUAUGCGCCCAGCAGUCUUUCCAAAGGAGGGGGACAGGAAAAUCAAAGAGGAGCUGCGCCCCAGGGAAGGGACACCUGCUGCCAAAAAGAAGAAGGUUCUCCACCACAACAGCUCAUCUGUGCAGGGCUCACCUGUGCAGUUUGAUUGCCUCCAUUCCCCCCAGCUAGGGGGAGAAGCCCUGCUACCUCCAAGUGAGCCUCUUUCUGUAGCCAUGCGUGCAACUACACCUCCACCCCAGGCCUGUGUCAAAACAGAAGAUCGGAUGGGAGAUUUCUCUGGCCUCUUGGCUGAAGUAGAAGAACCUCUGUUUGACUGUCUGCCUUCGCCCCCUCCUCCGGCACACCAGCGAGCAUCAGAGCGCCCAGAGGACAGGCACGCCGCCACACUUCCCACCCACCAGCUGAUGAAAAACAGCUCACCAGACGAGAGUCCUCCUCCAUUUUUAGACUCUCCUGACGCAAUUAGCAUUGAUCUUGCCAGGUUAGCACAUAAACAAGCAGAAGCACACAAGCUGUCUCCACCUCAUCUCUCCGAGAAGCACAAGCAAAUGGACACUCCUGAAAAGGUCACCUUGAGCAGUGAGGCUGAACGCUCCAUGGGCAUAGGGGACAAUUCACCCGCGCAAGACGACCCCCUGCGCAAGACUCUCGAACUUCCCGCUGUGAGUUUGGGGGUUACAGAGUGCAACGGUCCCCAUAAAACUCAGUGGGUCAGCAAUCCUAAACCGAUCGAAACUGUUCCUCAGGAAAGUGCUUGUAAGCUAAACGCGUCUGAAGCUGCCUUCCACCCCUCACCUCUGAAGGACAAGAGAUCAUCGCCGACCCUAAAUCGGCCUGCCAAAGAGAUCCCUUCCAAGAAAACCACAGGGGGCCAGACUGACACUGAGAAUCGGACUAACACCCAGAAUUCCCUGGGUGGUCCAGGAGAGGUUCAGAAGCCACCCUGCCUAAAAGACAAGGCCCCGCCAGAGAUGGCCGCUUGCCCCAAAGACAGCAAAGCCCAGGGGGGCAUCAAAGAUACGGGAACCAUCCAGACCGGUCCAAUGAGUGCCCACGUCCAAAGCGACAUGGGAGGCUCUCAGGUGAGACACAACCACUCUGAACCCAGCAGGUUCCAAGAAAGACCCGUGACAAAUGGGCUUUCCAGACCGCUCCCCAAAAAGCGGAGAGAACACAAGCCUUCUCACAAGGGUAGCUCAGCUUCCCGUGAGAAUAUCGAAGGAGACGGAGGCAAAAAAAAGAAAGUCCAGGGGCAAGAAGCUGUGAGGGGCGACGGUGCUGGAGGCUUCAAGAGGGCCGACUGGUCAAACAAUGAGGCUUUGGCCCUCUCCCCCCGAAGGAGGGAUCCUCACUGCAACAAACUGGCCCCCAAGUCCAAGGUAUCGGCGGCAGGCAGCCAACUCAAGAAGUCGGUGCUUGACCAGGGUUUCCAGAAGAAAGCAGAGAUCCGCCAUUCCAGUGGAGACUUGAAGCGCAAGAAGGACGUCUUGGGCAAGACCUACCAUCAUCCCCUGUUACCCAAAGACCCCUCCCCUUCCCUGGCCAGCUCUUUCAACAGACCCAGAGCUGUCCAAGGUGCUAAGCUUCCCGAGGCUCACCACUACCGGACGGCUGAAUCCCAGAACAAUCUCCUAAGCCAACUGUUUGGGCAGAAAUUAACUAGCUUUAAAAUUCCUUUAAGAAGAGAUACUUCUGAGUAAUUUAUGAAAGUGACUUCUGGUGAUCCUUUCGCUGCUUUCAAGGGGGGGGGGAGGGGAGAGAGAAAAAUUAUCAAAGCAUUUAAUUCGUUUGUGUCGCGUGAUUUCUCUGUCUAGCUUAAAUGAACUUGCACUGCCGCCUCUGAAAUAGUUUUGCUUUUGUGUCUCGAUAAUCUACUUUAAUUCACCUGAUUUAUCAUGCAAAUGCUAGAACUUUGAUGUUGCUGAUGAUUUUCAUGAACUAAAACUGUAAUCGCUUUGGGCAGAGCGAAGCGUCAAGAGGAAAUGCUUUAUUGGAGAAGUGCGGAGGUUAUGGGGAUACUUGCAAAUCCCAAGCCCCUUUUGAGACUGUGCCUCUCUUAUCUUCGUACAAAAGUACUUGAAGAGAUGAACUUCAUUCCAGAGACAUCUUAUUCAUAAGGUGCAGUACACUGUAGAAAAGCAGAUUUUUUUCCCCCCCCUCCUCUCCUGAAGAUUUUGCACAAAUAAUCCUGAACGAUUUCGUUUAAUUGGGAGCAGCCUAAGACAUGAUACAAUUAAAAAAAUUAAAUUAAGAAGGAAGCGGCGCUUGCGCUUUCGACAGACGUCCGUUCCCAAGAAUGUGGAGUUAAGAAUGAACUAAUUUGUACAUCCUCGGGGGCCUUCAAAGUUGUUGCCUUUUUUUUUUUUUUUAGACCACUGUAGAUGUCGCUGAAAGGGAUUUUUUUAAAAGAAAAAAGAAAAUUAUAUGCCCCCUCCAACCUAGCUGAACUGCACCUUGAAGAUUGUUGACAUAGUUUCUUUUUAAUUAUUCUUUUUAAUUAUUGAUAUCUUUUUCCCGUAAGGGGAAAAAAAAAAAAGACUGUGCCAAUUCACUACCGCUACCACCCUUCCCACAAAUGCAGUACUGUCCUAAUUACCUGUAAGGUAUGGUUUCUAACUCUUACUGUAUUGAGAUAGUUGCUAGACUUCGGGCUUUCACUACGCAGUUAACUGGUGCUAUUUUUGUUUUUGUAAUGUGAAUACCAACAGGAACAAACCAGUGGAGGAAAGGCAGUGGGGGGGGGGGAAAGACACAACUCAUUAAAGAAGUUAACCGUUGCCUGUAUAAACCUAACACACAGAGAGAGAACGGGGGGGGGGAGGGGGGGAUAUCUUGCAUGUUCUCUUGCAGUCCUGUUACUCUGCAGUGUGUAUGCAACCACAGUUAUAUCUUGAGGUUUGAGUCUCAGGUGCAGAUUCUUGGAGGGUCAUCCGUCACUUUUAAGGGCCUCCGACGUCACGGAGGAGCAGAGAAGGUGCACUGAAAGGGUUGGGAGCAGCGUUCUUUGUGUGUGUCUUGCAAUGAGGUGUGUUUUGUUUUUCAGAUUUUUUAAAAAAGGAAUUAAGUGGCUUUAUCCUGUUAAUAUGUACUUUUACAGUUCUUUGUGUAAAAAAAUAUAGUAGGUUAAUUAUACAUCGGGUGCAAUGCGUUACUUUUAAAGUUUUUAUUUUGAUAUUUGUCAGAGAGCAGAGAAAAAGCGCUGAAAACGCCCGUUUGUUUUUUCUUGGGUUUUUUUUUUUUUAUAAUGUUGUACAGGGGGCCAGUGGAGCACCUCUUUAAUGUUGUUGAAUAAAAUAUGAGAUGAACAAUACGCAGUGGUACUGUAAAAACAGGGCCUGGAUUUCUCCUCUCAAAUAUAGUCCAAUAUUUUCACAGAA